UGGCAAGCCGCUCGAAGCACUUGAGUUCUGGGGCUUCGAGGGAUCUCUUCUGCGGAUCCAGAAACUUUCGGUCGGCGGGAACUUCCAGGAAAUUUGAGCAGCGUUUCGGAUACGUUCAUUGUUCGACUUCUCAGGAUGCAGACGAUGAGCAAGUCGGUGAUGUUUUGCGGGGUUUUAUUGGCUGUUCUUGUCGUUGCCUGCAGAGCUGCCGAGCCGCGACGUGACACCUUCGGGCCAUCGAAGGGACGACAUGGUGCCAUGUUGAAUGGGCGACCUCUGGCGAAGCGAGUAUGCUAUUUUGAAAGCUGGGCGAUUUAUCGACCUGGGAUUGGGCGUUAUGACAUCGAAGACAUCCCGGCUGAGCUCUGCACUCACCUCGUCUAUUCCUUCUGUGGAGUGUCCAAUGUCACUUGGGGAGUCCUCGUUCUCGAUCCGGAAAGAGAUCUUGGUGAGGAAGGAGGAUACCGGAGACUGGUGAGACUGCGAGAUAAUCACCCAGACCUGAAGGUGAUGCUCGCUGUUGGUGGAUGGGGUGAAGGAGGAAAGAAGUACUCGCAGAUGGCGAUGGAUCCUGCGAAGAGGGAAUCAUUCGUCCGAUCUGUCGUCGAGUACAUGAACGAGUAUGAUUUCGACGGAUUCGACCUGGACUGGGAAUACCCAGGAGCAGCAGAUCGAGGUGGAAGCUACGUGGACAAGGACAACUUUCUCUAUCUCUGUCAGGAGUUGUCAGAAGCGUUUGCUGCGGUUGGAAAAGGCUGGGAACUCACGGCUGCCGUCCCCGUUGCGAAGUUCCGGCUUCAAGAGGGAUAUCAUGUCCACGAGCUUUGCGAGAUAUUGGACGCCAUUCACCUGAUGACAUAUGAUCUGAGAGGAAACUGGGUAGGAUUUGCAGAUGUUCAUAGCAUGAUCUAUCGAAGACCCGACCUGGACAAAUGGGCGUAUGAAUUUCUCAACGUCGUGAGUCUCCAUUCAUACUUUCUGGCACUGGUCGAUGCGGCCCGCAUCCCACGGCACCUUUACUGUACUCAGAACGACGGUGCGAAUCUAUGGGAAAGCUUCGGAUGCAUUCGAGACAAACUGAUCGUCGGAGUCCCCUUCUACGGGAGGACUUACACGCUCGGAAGUCCGUCCAACAAUGACCUCCAUGCCCCGAUCAUGCAAUGGGUCGGAGGGGGUGACCCUGGGCCUUUCACCAAUGCUUCUGGAUCCCUCGCCUACUUUGAAAUCUGCAUUUAUCAGAGGGACGAUCCUGCCGGCUGGAUCCGCAGAUACGACAACAUCGGAAAAGUCCCUUUUACUCAUAGAGGCAACCAAUGGAUAGGAUACGAGGAUGCGGACAGCGUGAAGAUAAAGAUGGACUACAUUCGAGAGAAGGGAUACGGAGGUGGAAUGACAUGGGCCAUCGAUCAAGACGAUUGGAGGAACGAAUGCGGUCAGGGGAAGAAUCCGAUGAUGACUGCGCUUUAUGAAGGGAUGAAGGAUUACGUCGUCCCCGAGCCACCACCCAUCACCACUUCUACCGCUGUAAGUAACUUGGUGGGCCCCACCGACCACGACAUCCGUGGCGACGACAACCGGGCCUCCAGGUGUGACGACGACCCGCGAUCCCAACCAGACGACUCUGUCACCCGGCCAAUGUGACUGUUCCACCCAACAGUUUUGUCAACACCCGGAUUGCGACAAGUACGUCUGGUGUUUGCACGGAGAGCCGACGAUUCAUCAGUGUUCGAAAACUGGCACUAUUCAACUUUUCUGGCAUCACAAGAUCUUGAGCUGCGACUGGCCACAAAAUGUCGACACGUCCAAUUGCAAUAUACCUGGCAAAGAGGCUCCCGGCUUGAAAGACGCCAAGCCGACGAAGAUUUCUCGGAAGCAAGGGAAAGCCACGAAAGUAAUCCGUUAAGGAAAAAGUAAAAAAAAAAAGAAUAAAGUGUGAAUGCCAC